AUGGCCGACAUCCUCACCCAGCUACAAACAUGCCUUGACCAGCUUGCAACACAAUUCUACGCCACAAUCGGUUACUUAACAACCUACCACGACAAUUCCCCAGCAAUACCGCCGGACAACCCUACGUCCGCACCCGCCCUCGCCAAGAUCCAGAAAAACUCGACAAACCCGCCUAUCCCCGCCGGUGCAGCCGCAAUACUCAACGCAUCACAAGGUUCUCCAUCCGGCGCCGCAACAGGCGCAGUGACGCCCGGCCCGCCAGCACCUAAUGCAAGUGCUGGAUCUGGAGCCGGCGAAGCAGGAGCAGCACGACAAGAAGAAGGGCUCCCCCCUCGUCCGGACUCACCGCGAACAUUCACGGCGCGACAGCGAGAAUUGGCGCGUGAUUUGGUCAUCAAGGAGCAGCAAAUUGAGUAUUUGAUUUCUGUAUUGCCCGGAAUUGGGUCAUCCGAGGCGGAGCAGGAACGGCGGAUAAGGAAGUUGGAGGAGGAGUUGAGGGCGGUGGAGGAGGAAAGAGAGAAAAGGGUUAGGGAGUUGAGAGUGCUGAGGAGGAGGGUAGAAGAGGUUUUGGGGGCCGUAGAGGGGGGUAUCUAUGGGGGGAGCUCAUACUAG